AGCGAUGCCAUGGGACCGGCUGAGGUAGAGUCUCACUGGUGCCCUGUACAGGCCGAGUGAAGUCUGCGCUGCCAGUGUUGAAGGUUUUGGGCUCGUUUAGACCCUUCCGGGCACAAUGAGAGCGCUCCACCUUCUGAUUUGGAUUUUACUGGAGCAAACAAUGGCAUCUAGGGAAAUUCUGUAUGUUCAAGGCAUACAAGAGGAAUCGGUGAACAUCUCCUGUGAGCCAAAUCAAGGAAAGCCGCCGCCAACUGCAUUCCGUCUGUACCGAAAAUCUGAUCAGAAUGAGGAAAAGGGUCUGUUGCUCAUAUCUGAGCACCAAGACAUUGAGUCGGAGUACAAGGGACGUGUCAAAAUCUCUAAACAACACAGUUUGAACGUAAUAAACAUCACUCUGUUGGACUUGAGGAGUAAAGAUACAGGCCUGUAUGUGUGUGAGUUCAUAACAGCAGCAGAUCAACAAAAGAUGCUCAUCCACACGGAAAUCGUCCUGCUUGUGAAAGUUAAAGAAGCAGACUGCUCGUGCAACAGCCACUCCUCACUGAUCUACGCCAUCUCUGUUGCCGUGGGUCUCCUCCUCUUCACCCUUUUAAGCCUGUCUGCUGCAUGUUAUAGAAAACUCAAAGCUCACGCUGAACCGCUGUUCCGGAACGCUGUUCCGAUUUACGAGGAAAUGAUUGCAAACAAGCCUUUAAACCCUCACCUGACUCAGACGGACCUACCUGCCAUCGAUCCAGUGUACGCUGCUCCUCAGAAAGCGGGGAGACCCGAGUGUCACUACGCAGUUCCUAGGAAGGCUUCACACCAGCAAGAGUUUAGUCCAGCAUUAGCUGUUCAGCUAGAUCUCAUUGCAACUUGAUCCCUUUCUGACUUGGCACGGUGGGGUUUGUGGUCAGGGAUUAGGCCUAGAUGGAGAACCUGUGCAGUCCAGGACCAGGCUUCAUCUUUGUUUUGGGAAACUGACCCUUAAUAUUCUCUCCUGCACAGAAAUAUCAGCAAUAUUCCUGUUCAGCGAAUGAUAAAACCUAAACAUUUACCACGCACCUUCCAAAAAUGUGCAUGUAGCUAAUGUAUGUGUAUUUUGUCUCCCUUGUAUCUCAUCAUCUUUUUGUCAUUUUCUGUUGUAUUUAUUUUUAUUGUUUGGACAUUAGAGCUGACUUUUCUUACACUGUGUUGAAAUAUCAGGAUGGAGCAAUAGAAAAAUUCUUUACAUUUACAGCAUUUGGCUGACGCUCUUAUCCAGAGCAACUUACAAUUUGAUCAUUUUAUACAGGAAGGCGAAGGUGGCGUUGGGAGUCUUGCCCAAGGACUCGUAUUGGUGUACU